CUGACACUCUGCCACUCUGGUCCUGAGGCUGAGGCAAGAUCAUGAAACUCAUACUGUUUCUCGCCUUUGUCGGAGUGGCUGUUGCCCUCCCCCUCAACGCUGAUGGUGAUGAUGACAAGAUCGUGGGAGGCUACACCUGUGCAGAGCACUCUGUCCCCUACCAGGUGUCCCUGAACGCCGGGUACCACUUCUGUGGAGGUUCCCUCAUCAACAGCCAGUGGGUCGUGUCGGCUGCUCACUGCUACAAGUCGCGCAUCCAAGUGCAGCUCGGGAAACACAACCUGGAACUCACAGAAUCGACUCAGCAGUUUAUUAACUCGGCUAAAGUCAUCCGCCACUCUGGCUACAGCGCCUACACACUGGACAAUGACAUUAUGCUCAUCAAGCUUUCCACACCAGCUCAGCUCAACAGGGCUGUCCAAACCAUUCCUCUGCCUACCAGCUGUGUGACCACAGGCACCAUGUGCCUCAUCUCUGGCUGGGGCAACACCCUCAGCAGCGGCAGUGAGUAUCUGUGGGGAUGGAUGUACAGCAUG